UGUAAUAUAUGUACCUGCAAAAUUGAAGCUCAACAGGAAACCCCAAGAGAUAGCUAUGAAUUCCCACUUCCAUCUAUUGCCUCAGACGUUUGCCAUAAUAUUAUGUGUUAUUGUAAAUAUUUUUCCGACAGUAGACUCAGCCAUUGCAAGCAAUAUUUCUACAGACAAGGAGGCCUUGAUCUCAUUCAAGUCAGGGGUCAAUCUCCCUCCAUCUUUCUGGGACCAAAACUCAUCGCCCUGCUCCAACUGGACUGGAGUUGCAUGCAACCAAAUUGGGCAGACUCAGAGAGUUGUGUCUCUUAAUCUUUCGGGCUUGGGACUUGCAGGGACCAUAAGCCCCCAUGUUGGUAAGUUGACAAAACUUCAAGUCUUGAAUUUGGCACGAAACAAUCUCCAUGGUCCGAUCCCAUCAUCCAUAAGCAACCUCUCUUCCACCCUCACACAUUUAAAUUUAGGCACAAAUAGUCUCAGUGGUACAAUACCGAGUGAAUUUGGUUUCCUUUAUAAACUCAAGGAACUUGAUCUCUCCGGUAACCAACUCAAUGGGACUGUUUCCCUGUCCAUAUACAACAUCUCUUCUCUAGUUCUGUUCACUGUAGCUUCAAAUCAACUGUGGGGUGAGAUUCCAAGCAAUAUUGGUCACACACUUCCGAAUCUUCUAUACUUUAGAAACUGUUUUAAUCUAUUCACCGGAAAUAUUCCAGUGUCUUUGCACAAUGUCUCCGGCAUUCGAUCAAUUCGAAUGUCCAACAACUUUCUUGAAGGAACGGUUCCACCAGGCCUCGGGAAUUUGCCAUUCCUUGAGAUGUACAACAUUGGUUUCAAUCGGAUUGUAAGCUAUGGUGAUGAUGGUAUCAGUUUCAUUACUUCUUUGACAAAUAGCACCCGUCUAAAUUAUCUUGCCAUUGACGAAAAUCGUCUGCAGGGUGUAAUUCCAGAGUCCAUUGGCAAUCUCUCCAAGGUUCUCUCAAAGUUAUACAUAGGAGGCAACCGAAUUUACGGUAACAUACCAGCAUCAAUUUGUCAACUCAGUGGUUUAGCUUUGCUAAAUGUAAGCUACAAUUCAAUUUCGGGUGAAAUUCCAUCUGAAAUAGGCCAGCUGGAAGAGCUGCAAAUGCUUGGUUUAGCCAGAAACAAAAUGUCUGGCCUAAUACCAAACUCCCUACGUAAUCUCAGAAAGUUGAACCACGUUGAUUUAUCUGGAAAUUACUUUGUUGGCCAUGUACCCCCUAGUUUUGCAAGCUUUGAGAAAUUGCUUUCCGUGGACUUAUCAAACAAUUUGCUCAAUGGAACCAUUCCAAGAGAAAUUCUAAACCUCCCUAGUUUGAGCACCAUUCUGAAUUUGUCUAACAACUUUCUAAGUGGACCUUUGCCUGAAAUUGGGUUACUACAAAGUGUUGUCGCUGUAGACCUCUCUGACAAUGCCUUAUCUGGAUCCAUUCCCAGCUCAUUUGCAAAGUGUACAAGCUUGGAGGAGUUGUUCAUGGCCAGAAAUACACUCUCUGGUUCUCUUCCAAAUGCCCUGGCAGAAAUGAGAGGUCUUGAGAUUCUAGACCUCUCCUCAAACCAGCUCUCUGGGUCCAUUCCUGAUGAACUUAAGGAGCUACAUGCCCUUAGCUACUUGAACCUCUCCUUUAAUCACUUGGAAGGAGUAAUUCCCAAUGGUGGAGUGUUUGUUAAAAAUACCUCUAAUGUCCAUCUAGAAGGCAACCCAAAACUUUGCCUGCACGGGCCAUGUGUGAAGAAGAGUGGCAGUCAGGGGAGAAAAAUACUGGUCCUAGUACUUAUCAUUGCUGCUGUUCUGGCUACACUAGCAAUAUGUACUGUGGUUGGUUGUUUGCUUUAUUUUAGGAAAAACAAAGGCUCCGGCUACGAAGCAACAAGUAGAGAAACUAGUUCUUCUGACUUAUUAAAUGGGAAGCAUCAAAUGGUCACAUAUGAAGAGCUACGUGUGGCAACUGGUAAUUUCAACCAGGAAAACUUGAUUGGAAAUGGGGGCUUUGGGUUUGUGUAUAAAGGGUAUUUAAGAGAAGGAAUUGAUGUCGCAGUGAAAGUGCUUGAUGUACAAAUUAAAGGCUCCUGGAAGAGCUUUUUGGCGGAGUGCGAGGCGCUGAGGAGUGUGAGGCACAGAAAUCUUGUUAAGCUGAUCACAUCAUGCUCCAGCUUGGACUUCAAGAACAUGGAGUUUCUGGCUUUGGUUUAUGAGUAUCUGAGUAAUGGGAGCUUGGAAGACUGGAUAAACGGCAAGAGAAAAAAUGCAGAUGGAGAUGCAUUGAACAUUGUGGAGAGACUGAAUGUGGCCAUUGAUGUUGCUUGUGGAUUGGACUAUUUGCAUCAUGAUUGUGAAGUUCCAGUGGUGCACUGUGAUUUAAAGCCCAGCAACAUUCUCUUGGACACAGAUAUGACCGCAAAGAUUGGAGAUUUUGGACUAGCUAAGUUGCUGAUGGAGAGAACAAUGAGCACUCAACAUUCCCUUAGCUCCACAAAUUUCCUAAAGGGUUCUAUUGGAUACAUACCCCCAGAGUAUGGGUUUGGACAAAAACCAUCGACAGCAGGAGAUGCAUACAAUUUUGGUGUAAUGCUGUUGGAGCUCUUUACUGGGAAAAGCCCAACCCAUGAAAGAUUCACAGGGGACCAAAACCUCAUCAGAUGGGUGCAGUCAAGUUUCCCUCACAACAUGACCAAAGUGAUAGACUCUCAGAUGCUAGACCUCAUGCACUAUCUGCCCAAUGAAGACCCAAGAACCAUCCCAGAACUAGAACGUAAUUGCUUGAUCUCAAUUCUGGAGGUUGGCCUCUCUUGCAGUUGUGCCUUGCCUGAUGCCCGCAUUAGCCUGAGGGAAGCCCUUUACAAACUGGAAACUGCUAGACACACCCUUUUCAGUCUUGGUCACGUGGAGAGUGUUAGGCAUUAACUUUAACAACAAUUGCAUGUUGUUGAAUGUAGAAAUUACAAUAAGUUAACAGUUUGGAUAGUGAAAUUGGCUAUAAAGCCUGAACUUUUGGGUUUAAUUUUGAUUAUGGGUAUAGUAGUUCUGUGAAUUGUUUAAAUUAGGGCUUAUUAAUGUUUUGUCAAUGGGGGAUUAGGUUUACCGUGAAUAAUGGGUUGUUGUCAAAUAACAUCACAAGAACUCUUCCUAAAAAUCUCAGUCACUUGACAAAUCUUCGAGUGUUGAAUAUGCACGAAACAAUCUCCGUGGACCAA